AUGCCGCCCGUUCGAUGGAAAAUCCUAUACAUCAUCUUACUAUCCCAUCAAAUUUACCCGGAAAUUUCAGCCGAAGGAGCUCGUCUACAGGAACCCACGGGGAUGAUCUCCGACGGCUGGCGACCCAUCUUCGGCAACCGGCGCCCCGCCGUCGGCGUCGCGACGCCCCCCAACUCCCCUCCCAGCAAAGCAAUCGACGUGGAAAUAGUGAAAUCCGAGAGCACCGUCGCGACGUCCACGACGACGCCGCGACCGGACGAAGGUAUGAAGCCUGUGAAAAUUUCUACUAUGAAAUACCAAACGCUCCCGCCCAACGCCGUCACCAUCGGCAGACCUUCGGAAUUCGGCUUCAGGAAGCUCCCGUUGAAGCCUAUAGGGCACCUGGUGAAGAGGAAACCUCUCAGGCAGAUCGCAGCUCACAGUACUAGAAGCGAGGUUUACCUCCAUCCAGGAACGCUAGUGAGUUUUCCGAUGGUUAAACAGUCCCCGAACACCAUCCGCACGAGGGAAGCGCAAGGUUUAGGCCUGUUCGGCUCUCCAGGCCACUUCACCGUCAACCAACCCAACGCCCACGUGGAAAUCAACCGGUACCCAGCGCAUUCGGACAACCCGUUCGAGCAGUACAAGAGCCCCGGCGUCGCCUACAUCGUGCCCAAGUUGAAGCAGCCGCCGGACGAGUACAGCAGGAAUUUGGUGCCGCCGCCGCCCGGCCGCCGCCCCGCCGACAAGGAGCGCCUGAAGCUGGCCAGCUCGAAGAUACCCGAGAAGUUCAAGGAGGACCAGUUCGGCGCGAAGAGGCCGCCCGUCGGCGAGAAUGUGGUGGGGUUCGCGCCGAAACCGCCGGCCGCCGUGGACGUGCAGGUGACCAAGGAGAACCUGAAGGCGUUCCAUAACUUGUUCAAGCCGGAUUACUUCGAUUACGAGUACAGGCAGGCGCCCAAGUUGCAAACGUACGAGGUCACCGAAGGAAAAUGGUUCGACAAUCCCAACCCUUUCACCUUCAAUUACCUCAAACCCAAGCAACAACAAGUCCAGCAAAUACAACAAGUACAGCAGGUACAACAAGUCCAACAGGCGAUAGGUCCUCAAAUCACCAACGAGCCCAUCGUGGAAUUGAACAUCCCGCCGUUUCUGCCGACUCCGAUAAAACCCGAUCCGGCCUAUCCGACAUCGCCCACCCAAAGCGAGGCUUCGACGGUGUUCAACCAGAUCAGCCAGAAAAUGAACAAGUACAAAACAGCGGCGUUGGCUAACAAUCCGUUGUUCUUCGAUAUCAAGGAGGUGUCGACGCAUUACCCGAUUUUGGGCCGGCCCGAGUUCGUCUACGAAACGCAAACGGUCAGUCCAGUCAAAGAUAACGAGAUCGUGGAGGAAGUUACCACCGCCCGGCCCGAGGAGGUGACCACCAAGAAGCGCAGAAGGAGGCCGCAGCCAAGAAGGCCUACUUCUACUAGUACCACCAGCACCACCACCAUUGCUACUACUACCACCACGGAAGAUCCGCAAACCACCGAAGCUUACAGAUUCCAAAAAAUCCAAGAAGAGCUGGGCUUCGAGACGGACAAACCUCCGAAGAGGCACCGACAGCGGCCGAACCGCUACAGGUACCCCAACGUUUCUGAUGCCCAAGAGAACCCAGCGCGAUACGGAACCACCACUCAGGCAACGGAGGAAGAAGAUAAGUCGAGAGGAAGGCACCGGUACAGACAAAGAGGUAAAGAUCCAACGGAGGCGAGGAUUAAAGAUCAGUACCGCAAACGGAUCAGAACCACCACGAUACCGACCAAUCAUAAGUACCAAGAAGAUUCCGAUUUCGAAUCCAAGUACUACCAGACCGUCGAAACUACAACCAAGCCUCAAAGAUUGAUGGAAUACGAUGAUAAUACUAGCGAAGAUUACGAAACGACGCCUUUAAAUGACGCGAGGACUCGAUUUUACGCCACCAAAUCAGCAGAAGAAACCACAACAUUGAACAACAUCAACGAAAUAGAUUCUACUACAACCUUAUCGCCGAAGCAAGAGGAACCUGAGGAGACCACAUUGGUCACCACAGCUGCACCCAAACCCACCACAACUAAACCCACCAAAACCAGAACAAGACCGACAUUGUUCAAAACUCGACCGAGGUUCAGCGUGAAAGACUACAGGCAAAGAUUGACGCAUAUAUCCAGCAGCACCCCUUCUAGUACAACACCAGAUUCCACUAAAACCACCCCCGAAACAUCAAGAUUCAGGUUUCCUUCGAGAUUGCGCACCAGGCCCGCUCAAACGUCCACCACAGCAGCUCCGCGACAAGAAGAAACCACCACGGAGCUGGUGGUGAGGAGGAGGUUCAAACCGAAGGAUCCCAGGCACACCGCCACCACUACCGAAGCUAACGUUAUAGCUGAAACUAAUGUAAAGGCUGUUAACACGCGCUUAAGGCCGUUCGACAGGCAAAGAAGUACUACAGAAUCGUCCAGCUCCAAGCCGAAAGUUUCCAUCAAAUCCGGCUUGUACUCCAACAGGAGGCGACCGGCGUUCAAUACCAAGUCCAAAUUGAACGAUCGAGCGGAAUCGAUCGCUAGUAAAUCUUCAGAUGAUGUGGAUGAUGAUGAGAGUUUGGAGGAAACGACCGCCGUGUAUCAGUCCAGCAGGAUCACCACCGAACCUCCUGGGGUUACAACGGAGGCUCCUGGUUUAACGACGUUGGACGCGAGUAUGAGCGACGAUGAUUACUCGCAGAGGAUAUCCGAUUUGACUUCAUCGUUUAAAUUGGAGUACGACACGCCGGGUUUGUUCAAAUCGGUGGCGCCCAUCAGCAGGAGGGUGCCCAGUUACUUCACCAUUUCCACGGAGGAUCCGAUUUUGCCCAUCGAAGCUUUCUUUCCGAAGCUCAAAGAUAAAGGAGGCGAUUGA